AUGAGCCAACAGCCGGCACCUGCCGAUCCGGCUGGCAAGGCCGUAGGCAGCACUCAAGGCGGAGUGGCAUCCUCAGCACCGGCUGCGGGCAAUGUCCUUCCCACACCCCCUGGGCAAGCGACUGGAGCCUCCAGGAACAAGAAGAAGAAGAAGAAGAGAAAGGGAGCGCCCUCGAUCUCUGUGCCAGCCGACAACGUCCGUGACGACGACGCAGAGGAUGACACCGGCCCUUCCGCGCCUGUUACGGGCGCCAGCGAGACCUUUGGCGCCGUCGCCCGUGCCGAGUCCACGUUCGACUUCUCACCCCGCCUCCUCUCGCCUGAAGCUGAGGUUCCCACUGUCUCUGAAACGACCCCGGCCAUGAUGGGUGUUCCUGCAGUCGAUACUAUCCAGGGCGCCGAUUUGUUUGCAGACGACGGCGAGAAGGCCGCCGUCCUGGGCGACACACGCUCCGACCUUGCUCCUGGGGCAUCUGCCGACGUGGAGGCCGCUUCCAAGAUCUCCAAGACGGUGGAGCCCAUCUCAGCGCAGUUCCUUGCAGGCGUGUCGACGUUCCCCUCCAACCCGGCCAACGACUUUGAGGAAGGCGCGUUCAAAAGCACCUCGGGCGUCGACACGUCGAUGGACACCGCUGUCGAGGCGACGGGCAAGGAGCACGCCGAGAACAUGGAGGCGGGCCACGCUCCCUCGGAUAAACUGCCAUCGGCGUCUUCGGAGCCGGCAGGUGCCACCCCUCAACAGGCUGCCGCGCCUCCCAUGCGCAGCAGCCAGCCGUGGAUGCCACCUGCGGAGAGCGCAGUCGAACCCAUGAUCCCCGCAGGAGUCGAGUCGAUCGCGUUCGAGGUUCCGACCGUUGACGACGUUCUCGAUGGUAGCACCGACAUUGCUGUGGCUCGCACCGACGGCGUACCUGUUCCCGAGAUGCCCAAGGAACUAGGGGGCGCGUCUGCGCUGUUCGCUGACGAAGCCGAGACCGAGCAGUUCCUUCCGGAAGGCCCACCGUUGGAGACGUUCCCGGCCGACUACCCAGCCGCGGCCCUCUCGCCAGGACACAAGCAACGAAUGCGCUCCGAGGCACACCAGCAGAUGAUGCCAACGGCGGAGGAGGUCGUACCAAUGGUUCCCUUGGAAGUUGAGUCGAUCGCGUUCGAGGGUCCGACCACCGACGACGUGCUCGAUGGUAGCACCGACACUGUAGAGGCGCAGGCCGACGGCGUGACAGUGCCCCAGCUGCCCAAGGAGCUCGGACGUGCGUCUGCGUUGUUCGCGGACGAAGCUGAGACCGAGGCGUUUCUCCCGGACGGUCCACCAUUGGAGACCUUCACUCCAGAUUACCCACCUGUCGCACCGACAUCGCAGCCGAAAACGGAUGGCAACAGCCAGACAUCCUCGUCCACGCACGCACUCUUCGCAGGUGACGGCGAAUACACCGCAUUUGACGUCGGGACUGCCGGCUAUGGGGAGGCGGCCCAGCUCGACUUGAGCGAGUCGAAAGAAGGGGUAAGCCCGCGGAAGGAGACGGGCGCGGCAUCGAGCCUCUUCGUGGACGAGACUGGGACUGGCGCGUUCUUGCCGGAAGGUGACGAUGUUCCAACAUUUGAGCCAGACUAUCCUCCGGUCGCGCCUUCAUUUGCUGCAUCGCACAGGGCCACCGCACCGACCGGGAAAGACCCAGCCCCUGUUGCGAACGCUCGGCCCUCGGAAGCGUCAGCUGUCGAGCAGACGGAUAACAAGAAGCCCAUACCCGCAUUGCCGACCAUGUCCUCAGGCCAGCCCCUCCUCGCUGGCGAGGCGGAGUCGAUCGCGUUCGACAUCCCCACCUACACCGAUGUUGCUGAGGGCGAUGUGGAUGUUGGAGAGGCCCGACAGGAGGGCGUUCACACUCCCCAAAUCCCGACCCAGCUGGGAGCCGCCUCGGCGCUCUUCGCUGACGAGGCGGAGACGGAGGCGUUUCUCCCCGAGGGUGACGAUCUGCCCACCUUCGAACCGGACUUCCCUCCUGCUGUUGUCGGUUGGGUGACCGAGGCAGACAAGCUCUCCCAGUCCAAGCCCUCCCAGAUCCCACGCGCGCAGGCCCUCUUCGCUGAGGACGAGCCGUCUUCGUUCGGCAUUCAGCUCUCGCACUACGAGGAGGACGUACCGUCGACCACUGAAGCGUCAAAGCCGGCCGCGAAUGUGUCGGCAGCAGCUCUGUUUGCAGACGAUGAGGAAUCUGAGUUUGAGAUCGGACAGCCGGCAGGGGAUCAGGACAAGGCGCCCGUGAGCAUGGACCCCAUUCCUGGUGCCACCUCGGCUCGAGCCGUGGCUCAGCCGGCGGAUUCGUCUGCUGUGGGCAAUCAAUUCAUCCAGAGCAUGUUUUCAGCGGAUAACGCACACGACUGGUUUGUCGACACCGGCAUUGACGACACGCAGGAUCUUGGCCGCGCCGACCAGGAGAAGGACGAGCCCAUGUUGGACGCCGAGGAGCUCGAGUAUGACGAGUCGCAAGUUCCCCAGGGAUGGUUUGACGACAAUGGCGAGUUCCAGUGGUACACUGAGGAGGAACGUACCGACGUACGUACCUCCAUGAUUGCGGAUGGGAGCCUGUUGGGCAAGCCCAAGGCCAAGUCCUCCGAUGUCUUCGGCGUGGUUGCUCCCCCAGAACCGCCAAAGCAGGCGACGGAGCCUGAGGCUACCAAUCCGUACGAACCUGCUGUGUACAAACCUCCGGAGAGCCCGACCGGCUCGUACUUCCGCCAACAACCAACGUCGGCAGCUCCGACCUCGUCGAUCAUCACCCCAGCGCUCGCGGCCGUCUCCCCCUAUGCCCCAGCGACAUCCCCUUAUGCCCCAGCCGCACCUGCGGGCCCGAGUGCCUAUGUCCCUGCGGCAACAUCUCCUUACGCGCCGGCACAGCCGUAUGGUGCGGCCGCGCCAACAGCAUUCGACCCCUACGCUCCUGCGGCCUCCUCGAUCGCAGGAUACGGGACAGCGGCGUACAGCAACACUGUCCCGGCUGUGUCGCAGGUUCCAAAACCCGCACCACCAGAGGCCCCUAAGCGGAUGAAGUCGACCGCGUACGACCCUCCACUCCGUCAAGCCAAGAGCUUUGUGGGGCGUCCCAAGUCGACCGCGCCUCCAGCCCCCGCCUACACGGCGCCUAUGGUCAGUGAGGCGCCACCAGCGCCUCCUCCUGGUCCUCCCAAGCGUUCCCAGACCGAACACGGUGCGGCUUCGAUGCUAUCGCCACCUAUGCCGUCGAUGCCGAGCCUGCCCAGGUCUUACUCCGCUGCCGAGCCUAUAACGAACCCUUACGACCCGCAGCCCGUCGCGGCCUACGAACCCGCGAGUUACGCGGCGACCGACAGAUCGCUCUCACCCCCGAUGCAGGCGCCUCCGCGCCCGUCGACUGCGUCGGCCGCGCAUCCACCGAAGCCAACAUCGUUUGAUCCACCGCUUCGCCCGACAUCGUCACGUCCACCGUCGCGCCACGCAUCACGCCCCACCUUCCAGCAACCGCCUAUGACGAGCCCGUUCCCCUCUACCGAGGCGGCUCCCCCAGUGCCAGCUAUUCCCUCGCAGUAUGCACCUCCUCCCAAGGGUGUGGCACCGCCCACGGCGCCAGGUGUGGCCCAGCAGCCCAUCAUUCCUCCGCCUCGUGGCCCAUCUCGUGGUGCUUCUCGCUCUCGCGCUGGGUCACCAAAGUUCGAGAAGUUCGAGGCACCCCCGCCUGUCCCGGCCAUUCCGGCUGGCUUUAGUCACCCUCCGCGUGCAGCAUCCCCUCAUGCGGCGCGCACCCCACCAACAGCAACCCACAGCCCGCCGUUGCGCACCCGCACCCCGAUUGGCGCGCCGCCGAGAGUAACGUCGCCCCUCAAGAAUGAGCUACGACCAGACGAGUCACCCAAACGACAAGCCAUUUCGAUGCUUGAGGAAUUCGACCCCGAGGGCGGUGCAGGCGUCUGGGACGAGGGUGAGAGUGCGUGGAGCCAGCCGCCGCCUGUGCACUCGACUCCGAAGGGCGUGGUGCACGACGACUCGCUCGCGUUAACGGGCUCGCCUCAGCUGGGGUAUGAGUCGGUGUCGCUCGUCUCGGAGACUGAUGCGAAUGAGUCGAUGCAAGCCACCGAUGACGACACAUCCAAGACGCCUGUCGCGCGUCGUGUCGAGAACCCAUAUGCUCUCGGCGCGUCUCACCACCCGAUGCCGCCAAACGCGUCGUCGGUCACGCAGGCUGCCGCGCUCGCGAGGGCAGCUGCCUCUUCCAGCCCCCUCACGCCUCGCCCUCCCCUUCAGCGUGUGCCCAGCACCGCAUACGAGCAGCCGCCACCUUUGGGAAUGCCCUUCGAGCCGGUCAAGCCGUCUCUUCCCCUCAAUCCUUAUGCUCCUCCGCCCGCGGAAGGGUAUAGCCCGUACAGCCCUCCAAGUUUGCAGAAGCCGCCUGCCGCGCUCACCAGUCCCAAGGAGCCAGUAUCGCAAUACAUUCCCGGUAGCCCUAAGAAGACCACGCCGUUCCCGUCGACGCGCCGCGAGUCAACCGAGAUGCCCAGGCUGCGCCAUCAGCACACGGUCAGCAAUCCUUACGGGCCGUCGCCGUCGCAUACCCGCGACAACUCGGUUCAGGACCCGUACAAUCCGUACGCAUCGUCGCAGCCCGCUAACCCAUACUCGCCGUCGGCACCAUCGCAACCCAAGACGCACAGUCGUCAGUCGUCUGCACAGGAGCCGUACAACCCGUACGCUCCGACGUCAGCGAAGACGGACGCGUAUUGUCCCGCGACGCAGAACAAGUCGGACACGUACAGCCCUUACUCGCCCAACGCGCUGCAGAGGCAGGACUCGUUGAGCCACUACGGCGGCAAUGACUUCAACCCGUAUACGCAGAACAAGGUGCCCCCUCCGCAGUCCUUGGGCAGCUUCAUGACCUCGCCACCUGUUACGGGAAGCCAACUGCCAAUUGCGACUGGCCAAUCAGCGUACGACCCUUACGCGCCGACAACCUUCGCCGCCCCGAGCAACGACUUAUACUCGCCAGGUUUGGACAGUUUCGGACAGCGUGCGGUGUCACCUCCGCAGCCCAACUACUUCCAGUCGAUGGGCCCAUUGGACCCGACGUACGUCCCCCAGCAGGUACUGGAACAGCGUCCGGUCUCCGAGGACCCGCUUGGUCGCUGCGCGCCCGACGCACAUAACAUCCCCCUCGCCGUGUUCGGCUUUGGCGGCGUGCUCAUCACCAAGUUCCCCGGUACGGCGGACGACUCGGCUGACGCCCCGUCGUACGGAUACGCGUCGCACCGCGGCCUGGUCACUAUUCGCCCAGUUGCUGAGGUUGCUGAGAUCAGUGCGUUAUCGACCAACGCGGUGCCUUUUCCGGGCCCGCUGGUAUUCGACCCCGCCACAACCAAGGGCGCGGCGGGGGACAAGAAGCGCCGCGAUGCUGUGCUGUUGUACCUCUCGGCGCGCUCCGAGGAGAUCGAGCGUGGGUUGCCAUACCUCAAGUCGAACGCGAGCGCGAAGCGGCGUGACGAGGAGGCCAAGCUCGUCAUGAUGCGCAUUCUGACGGCGCUGGUCGAGGGCGACGGGCGGCUGUUUGGCACGCCCAAGGCGGAGGAGGCACUCCGGGCCGCGCUGCAGCCACCCGUCACGGUGCAUCCGGUGCCGUCGUUGAACGGCCUGGACAAGAAGCGCGCGUCGGCGGCGGCGCCCACAAAGUCACAGUUCCAGCAGCUGUCAAGCAUGGUCCUCGCUGGCGACAAGAAGGACGCGGCUCUGUUUGCUGCAAACUCUGGUCUCUGGGCGCACGCGCUUGUGCUGUCCAGCGCUGUCGGACCGGACCUUUGGCACGAUAUCGUGUCGCGCUUCUCAAAGGCUGAGCUCAGCCACGAUCCCGAGACCGCUGGCCUGCAAUCGGCUUACUCCAUCUUUGGCGGUAUUACGCCCGAAACGAUCGAUGACCUCUUCACGGCGGCCAACAUCACCGGCGACCCGAGUGCAGACCGCUGGCGCGAGGUGGUCGCUGGUGUGCUCUUCAACAGCAAGCCGACGGACCUUGUCUGCUUUGAUGAUCUCGGCGCACGCUUCCAGCGCGCCGGUCUCGCCAAUGCCGCGCACGUGUGCUUCCUCCUGUCGCCCAACUCGCCGUUUAGCGACAUGUCGCCGACGGCCAACGAGCGGCUGGUCAAGCUCGUCGACAACGCCAGAGACGAAGACGGCGCGAUCUUCGCCGAGAUCGCCGAGUACGCGCGCAGCCUUGUGCCGACGCCAAAGGGCGCCGAGGCUCCGCACGCAAGCCUCCUCCAGCUGAUGCCCAUUAAGCUGGCCCGCGCGUGGCGCGCCGCGGAGCUCGGCGAGAUCGAGCAGGCCAAGCGCUACUGUGAGGCUAUCGAGGCCUCGGCCAGACCGACCAAGCACUCGAGACUGAUGAUCCCGCGUCACGUCGCGGCGAGCAUGGAGGACUUGCUCGAGCGGCUCACUGGCGAGCCGUCUGCAUCACCCGCCAAGGGGCUCAGCAUGCGCAAGAGCAACAAGUCUCUCGGUUCGUGGAUCGAGGGCCGCCUCACCAAGUUCAUCGCUGGUGAAGAGGAGCAGCCGGCUGCCAAGCUGGUCCCUGAGCCCAAAGAGGGCAUCCCUGUCGGGCCCUUCAGCCACUUUGCGUCCAUCUCGCCAGGCCCCAGCGCUGCCCCAAGCGCGGACGCCAGCAGAGCCGGAUCCCACGUAGAACCCGACUAUCCCCCAACAGCGUCCUCGUACGACUCGACGUACCAACCUGAAACGUCGAGCUACCAACCGUGGGGCGAGGAGGACAGCAGUACACCCCAUGCCGACGAUAGUGAGCUCAUCAACCCAAUGGCCAACAUGUCGCUCGGCCCUGGCCCGGUGCCGCAAGACGACUACAAGCCAGUCCCGAAGCCGGCUGCGUUUGACGAGGACGAGGACGACAUGGGCUUUGGCAAUUCGUCACUGAGCCGUGGGCGCACGCCGAAGGCUGAAGCGACGCCAACAGAGGAGAAGAAGGAGGAGUCCAAGGAGGAGAAGAAGAAGGAGGCACAAAAGGCAGGGUGGUUCGGUGGUUGGUUCGGGGGCAAGAAGAAGGACGAGUCGGGGCCCAGCUACACGAGAGCCAACCUCGGCGACGAGACCAGCAUGGUAUAUGACCCCGACCAGAAGCGCUGGAUCGUCAAGGGUGCCAAGGCAGCGCCUUCAGCGCGGUCGACGCCUCCCCCACCUCCGCGUGCACAGACCGCCUCGCCCGCGGCGGGGCGCGCAACCCCACCACCUGGCGGCUCAGCUCCACCGUCGCGACUGGCAAUGGGCGCUCCAUCUAGAUUGUCGCUCAGCGGUCCCUCCGGUCCACCUUCAGGGCCACCUUCUGGCCCGCCCUCCAGCCUGCCGUCGGCGCCCUCGCGCGGCCCACCGCGUUCCGCGCCGCCCGGUGCGUCGCUCGACGACCUCCUCUCCCGUCCGUCGUCGGGACGGCCUGCAUCAGCUGCGGCGAAGAAGAAGCGCGCGGGCAACAAGUAUGUCGACGUUUUCCAGGGUUAG